GCGCAGACACCGGGCCCGGCUCCCGAGGGCGCCAGCGCGGCCCCGGGGAGUGCGAGGAGCCGGAGGGCGCGCGGCCUGCCGUUGGCCGCCUGGUCCGCCACCCUCGGCACCCACCCGCCCCCGAGGUGGGGCCCAAGCCCCUGGGAAGAUGGUGUCCUGGAUCAUCUCCAGAGCUGUGGUGUUGGUGUUUGGAAUGCUUUAUCCUGCAUAUUAUUCAUACAAAGCUGUGAAAACGAAAAACGUGAAGGAAUAUGUUCGAUGGAUGAUGUACUGGAUUGUCUUUGCCCUGUAUACUGUAAUUGAAACAGUAGCAGAUCAAACAGUCGCUUGGUUCCCCCUCUACUAUGAGCUUAAGAUUGCUUUUGUCAUAUGGCUACUCUCUCCUUAUACCCGAGGAGCAAGUUUAAUAUACAGAAAAUUCCUUCAUCCACUACUUUCUUCAAAGGAAAGGGAAAUUGAUGAUUAUAUUGUCCAAGCAAAAGAACGAGGCUAUGAAACUAUGGUAAACUUUGGGCGGCAAGGUUUAAAUUUAGCAGCUACUGCUGCCGUCACUGCAGCAGUGAAGAGCCAAGGAGCAAUAACUGAACGUUUGCGAAGUUUCAGUAUGCAUGACCUAACAGCCAUUCAAGGUGAUGAGCCUGUGGGACAAAGAUCGUACCAACCUCUCCCAGAAACAAAAAAGAAAAGUAAAGCAGGCUCCGGUGAAGCAGCAGGUUACGGAAUUCCACUGAGAGACGGGGAUGAGAAAACAGACGAAGAAGCAGAGGGGCCAUAUUCAGAUGACGAGAUGUUAACACACAAAGGGCUACGAAGAUCACAAAGCAUGAAAUCUGUGAAAACCGUGAAAGGCCGAAAAGAGGUGCGGUAUGGGUCACUAAAAUACAAAGUAAAGAAGAGACCACAAGUGUAUUUUUAGCCAUGUACACAUCAAGUAUCCCAAGUCAAAUUAUGCUAAUACAUCAACUUGUUCUUCUAACAUCAUAUAUUCAGGAUUUAUCCAUUAAAACCAUUCUUUAAAUUGUGGUGGUGAUAGGGUUUACUUUCGUCAAUUUAAAUAGUUUUUCUUUAACAACUACUUCCAAAUCUUGACUACUAAAGAUAGUUAUGCAAAAGUAGAUAGAUAGAUAUGUCAGAAAUAAAAGAAAAUUGUGUUAUCUGUUGUCAGAUUCUUCAAAACAUUAAGUGCCUGGGAUACAAGGUGAAACCUAGAUUCACAGUAUACUUGAAAGGUGGUUCAAGCAGCAUCAGCCUUUGAGAUCUUGUAUUGUGUUUACCUCCAUUUCUGUUGUAACUAUCACAUGAGGAUAGUAUUUAAUAGGCCUCUGAUCCAGCAGUGACAGAACAAGGGUAUAAUAUAAGAUAAAAUAUGUUUUAUAUACUCCUCAAAUUUUUACUUUGUUAAUACUUCUACUUUUUCCACCAUCAACUGAAAGUUUUCAAGACAACUAUUUGAAAACCAGGUAUCUACACAGCACUUUCAUUCCUGACUAGUUUUGCACACUUGAAAAUUGUUUACUUAUUUUACAACUAUACAUUUAAGUUUUAUUAACACUGUCUUGACUGUCUUGUCUUUAGUAACACUGUCUUGACUGUCUUGACUGUUAUUUGUCAUAUUCUGACUUGUCAAAUUUAUGCCUUGAAUUAUAUCAUCUCUUUUCCUAUGGGUUUCAGUAGUUAUAUUCAUUUAAUUUUAAUAAUAAAAAAUAGAGCUCAUUGUUCAUUUUCAACUAUUUCUACAUAUCUUUCAUACAGAUAAGUUCUUUAAAAUUUACCAGCUUCCCAUAUUUAGUUCUACAUUGUAGCUGAACUUAGCAUGUUUUUGUUAACAGUGGUUUCAUUUUCAGCUUUUAAAAAUGGUAGCUUUUGCGAAAUGGAAUCAGAGACCAGUAUAGCACGUAGAUAUCUUCUAAUUCAUGAAAUUAACCAACAGCCAAUCUAUUCACAAGCUUGGCACUGACACGGGCUGCUGAUUUAUAAAUCUGGCAUUGACUUUACCCAUUUGAAUCAUUUCACUUCUGGCUGAGAUAAUUUCCUGAAGAUCCAUGCCAAUGCAAAAUACAAAUGUUGUUAAUCUUACAUAUUAGAAGUUAUUAGAAUAGAUUUUAGAAAAAUAUCAUGUUUUUAAUCCAAGAGAUUUUGAGUUACCAAACUGUGAAGCUUUUUAGGCAUAGAUAACUAUGCAUUAUGAACCCCAAGUCAGUAUAUUUCUGAUGAUGAUUUUAGUAACCAGUAAUCAAAAUUGUAUCAUUAUACAAAUCUGUAUGAUUAUACUCUUUCAUAUAAUUUACUUGAUUAUUCUGUGUGCCCAAAAGAAAAACAAUGAGAGAGAUUUGUGAGAUCUUUGACCUUUCUGCCUUUCAAGAAAUGAAGCCAGCUGGGAGUGUAUAUUCAGGACCCAUUCUGAGUGUUGGUAAAGAACAGAAUGUUUACUCAGGAGUACCUUACUAUAAUUCAUACAUUUCUCUUCAUGCAAGUCUUAAAAUGUCUUCCCGAUUAUCUCACAUUCUCAAUAACUAAUACCAUGUAAAAACUUCAUUAAAUUUAUUUUCCCCCAAAGUUUAAUUCUGAGUAUCUUCAUCUAUUUUAACCUUGACUAAUUCAAAAUUCCUAUGAAUUCUGGUUAUAAACUCUGGAAGAGAGUUUAACGUAGAUUGCCUAGAACACUUGACUUUCCAAUAUAAAUGCUACAUGUGCCUUGCUUACCUUUCCUACACUAGGGCAGUGUCAUCUCAAAUUGCCUAACAAGGUCAUGUAAGUGACUUUGUAUCAAAAACAUUACUUUUGGGGGCUGAUUUGCACCACUUUAUUUUAUUUAAGUCUAAUUUCAGUCUGUCUGCAAUGCAGGAGACCCGGGUUCGAUCCCUGGGUUGGGAAGAUCCCCUGGAGAAGGGAAUGGCAACCCACUCCAGUACUCUUGCCUGGAAAAUCCCAUGGACGGAGGAGCCUGGUGGGAUACAGUCCACGGGGUCGGACACAACUAAGCGACUUCACUUUCACUUUCACUUUUCAGUAUUACACCUAUGCUUUAAUUAUCGUAAACUCACAAAUACUGUCCUAAAUUGGAGGAAUUAUUUAUCCCUCUACACUUCUAGAGUCAAAACGUUUAACCAAGAGCAACACUAGUUUCAAAGAGAUAAUGCAAAUCCUUCUAUUUAAUCAUAUCAAGGCUUCCUCUGAUACGUUUGUUAUAACCUUACACACAGUCAAUGUCAUUUCGCUGUUCUGUCAUUUCCUUUCUGUCCUUUCAUUUCUUAUAUUUUGCUUCUUUUCUCUUCUGUGUGUUUUAGCAUGCUUUCAUUUGAAUUUUGUAUAAUAAACUUGUACUUUUUUUUUCUUUUAAGGUGGAACAGGUCAUUUUUUUGUUUCUCUGCUUUUAAAUCUAAUGCUUAUAAAAGAGGUGUGUUUAUCCCUAGACCACAGUGCCUUGCACCCCACCACCACCAUUUGGUGAAUGGGCAUUAGAUGCUGCACAAGCCUUUAGGGCACUAUUUUGGUAGCUAUAAAAGUUUAUCCAGAAACUGUACCUGGUGUCUCAGUUUAUUGUCAUUCAACUUGUUCAUGAAUAUUAACUAUUUCCAGGGUUUGUUUAGAAGGAAGAAUUGAUCUGUUCUUUAGUUUACUAUAUUUUUUUUUCUGGUGUAAAAAUGAGCCAGAAAUAAACCUUAUUGCUAAGUAAUUAUUUAAACCCACAUAAUCCCUGCAUAAGAUUCCCUCCACACACUUCACUAUAUGUAUGUGGAUUUGGAUAGAAAAUGAUGUUGCCAGCAUUACCAGUUUUAAAUACUUGACUAUACAGAUUGAUGGAAUAAAAUUAUUAAAGUGUUUUCAGGGAACUUAAUCCAUAUGUCACCACCAAAGAUUUCUACAGUGUUAUAAGGUAUGUAAAUAUUCCAAAUUUCUGUAAACAUUGGUUAGAUAAAGAGUUUUUCUCUCUUUUUUGGAAUAACACAGUUUGUACUCUGGAAUGCUUGAACUUUUGUGUUAUUAAAAAUAAUACAACACUAUCUUAAAUAUUAGUAAUUUGUAUUUUUAAUUGGAAUGGGCUAAAUUUUUAUUUUGAUUUUCUUUUAUCAGGAAAAUAAGUUGAUAUGUACUGAAAAGCAAUUUCCUAUGUUUUCUUCUGUGUAAGUUGAUUCAUUUACAAAGCAAUUUGGUAAAUUUUGAAAAGGUUAUUGUGGUAUGUAGUGUGUGUUUCUUAGUAAACAUCACUUAAGAAUAAAGCUUUCUGAAAGGAAAGUACAACUUUUACUCUCUUAAUGUUUUUAAGAUUAUUCUUUUGGUAGUUUCCUACAGAUUUAAUGUAUAUUAACCCUUUAAACAUUGACCAUGAAUUAACAUUUUCUUUUUUAACACCUUUUAAAUCUAUGUACUUCAAUAGUUAAGAGAAAGCAGUUUUGCAAGUUUUAAUCUCUUUGUAAAAGCUAUCUUUAGGCCCAGUAUGAGGAUAAUUUUACAAAUGUGUUUUUUGAAAACUUUAAUAUAAAAUAAACUCAUUUUACUAGUGA